AUGGUGGAAGAACCAAAGUGGCCACCUUGGUCGAUCUUACCCGACGACGACGUCUGUUCCGUCUGCUUGUCUCGACCAGAACAAAGAGGACGAAUAGAAUCCUGUUCGCAUUUGUUCUGUUAUCGAUGCAUAUAUGACUGGUCUCGAGUGGAGACGAAGUGUCCGAUGUGCAAACAGAGGUUUUAUUGGAUCGAGAGAGAGGCGAAGGAGAAGAAGGAGAAGAAGAAGAGCGAUGGUGAGGGUGAUGAUGAUGAUGAUGAUAAUAAGAAUAGUAGUAUUAGCGAUAUCAACGACAUAAAAAACAAUCAGAGAGAAAAACCGACGUAUUGUCCUUUGAAGAACCAAAAUGGAAACCAAGAGGAGGAAGACGAAGACUUAGAUCCGGCGGAGCACAUCAUAUGCACGGUGUGCCAAUCUGGAGACGACGAGAGGAACUUGUUAUUGUGCGACGGGUGCGACGAAGGUUAUCACGUUUCCUGCGUUGGUUUACAGCGAGUACCGAGAGGGAGAUGGCAUUGUCCUUCGUGCGCCAGGUGGGAGCGAGAGCGAGAAGAGAGAGAAGCGAAUAGAAGGAGACUUGCCGGUGCGACAACAACGACGACGACAACGACAACAAGAAGAGAAGGUUCAACGUCUAGAGCAGCGCGAAUGGCGAGAGCGCCGAGAGGAGAUGCCAGUCCUGCCGCUCGAUUGGGUAUGCUGGAAGCGUUGGUCAAUCCUACGAACGAGGAUGUACACGGCGAAUUGGCUUUGAGGGAAAACGCCCUUUUGGCAUCCGCCGCGAACGAGGAUCCCGCGCACAGAGAAAAUCGAUUGGUGAGAGAAAGGAGACAGGCGAACAGAAUGCGGAACGGAGAAGUGCGGUUAUCAGGUGGUGGUGGUGGAUCGAGUACGUUUAAUCGCGGCGAUUCGCACAGAAGACGACAGAUUGCCAUCGUUCAAGAAUUGAGAGACGCGUGGGAACGACUGAUGAAGGAAGAAGAAGAAUUUCCCGACGUCGAUGAGGUUGCACUGAUAACGCAAAGCCGUGGAAGUGGAGGUCGCAAUAAUGCUAGUAAUACCACCAAUGAUUUAGAAAACGCGAGGAGCAACGCGAACAUUGACGUCGAAACGGCGUGGAAACUCAUGGACUCGGCGAGAGCUGAAGAGGAGAAAGAGAAAAGAAUGAAGAGAGCGAAUAGAAAAAAGAAAGUAGCGUUGGGAAGAAGCGCGGAAGAAAAUGAACAACCGUCUUCGUCGUUGCUAGCACGAAACAUAUCGUCGACAGAUCCCGUCAAACGACCGAAAAUUCGCGUUAGAGUGUCGACAGAUUACACCUACAACAACAACAACAACAACAAUGCGUUAGGUGUGCUUCAAAGCGUUCCUUCAUUUUUACGCGAUACUUUAGGUGAUGGUGAUGGCGGUAAUAACGCUUCGAACGCUACUGAAGAAAAAGAAGAAGAAGAUAAACAACUUCCACUUCCUCCAGUCAUCGAUGUCUACCGCACAGCCGCGGAUGCGGCAAAAGCGUUACUCAUCGCCCAAUUCCGCGAUAAGACUUUAUCAAAGGACCAAUACAAAAAUACCGUCAAAGCAAUCGUAAAGAAGUGCGCGGAGGCGGACAAAAACAUGCAAAGACUCCAAGCCGGCUCUAUCACCGUCGCUGACAUCGAGCGCAUCGCCAGAAUCGACGCAGAAGAAGUAGUAUUAGCCGCUGCAAAAGCAAAAAUGUAA